UGCGAUCCGUGUAGCGCAAUUCUUUUUCUCUUCUUCUUCCUUGGUUUGAUGUCUGUAUUUGGUGGCAGACCUUUUGAUAAAGUUGGAAGAGGCAAGAGGGAUUUUGUCAUAUAGUUGCCUAAGAAUUGAGCUAAGCAUUCCUUUCCUCUUCUUUUGGGUUCCUUUGAUCUGAGCAGGAUUCCCGCAUCUCCGUUUACACAUCUCAGUUUCUGAGAGGAAUUGCUGCCCUGGUCUGAAGCUGGUGUUGGGGACUUGGGUUUCCAGCUUUCAACAAAAUGCUGGCAACCAAUGGAGUCUUCUACCCUAUUCUUGGCCUUGCAUCUUGUGCUGCCUUCAUAUACAUGUCCUUUGGGGACCUGGCAUGGGACAUUGGCACCCAUGUGAGAGGGCCUGAGACGAGCUUUGUGGGAAGGAAUGGGACUCGGUUCACUGUGGAUGGGAAGGCGUUCUAUGUGAAUGGUUGGAACUCGUACUGGCUGAUGGAUCAAGCCGUGGAGGAGGUUAGCAGGCCGAGGGUGAGGGCGAUGCUGCAAGCUGGUGCUAAGAUGGGGCUCACAGUUUGCAGGACUUGGGCAUUCAAUGAUGGCGCCUACAAUGCUCUACAAGUGUCUCUCGGGCAUUUUGACGAACGUGUCUUCAAGGCACUCGAUUGGGUCAUCGUGGAAGCAAAAAGACAUGGCAUUCGGCUGCUGCUCAGCUUGGCUAACAAUCUGGAGGCUUAUGGAGGAAAGACUCAGUAUGUCAAAUGGGCAUGGGAAGAAGGAAUUGGAUUGAGUUCCUCAAAUGAUUCCUUCUUUUUUGAUCCAUCGAUCCGCAGUUAUUUCAAGACUUACCUAAAGACUAUAUUGACAAGGAAGAACCACUUGAAUGGGAUUCAGUAUAAAGAUGAUCCCACAAUUUUUGCUUGGGAACUCAUGAACGAACCACGAUGUAUGUCUGAUGUGUCUGGUGACACUCUCCAAAAGUGGAUCGAAGAAAUGGCAGCAUAUGUGAAAUCAAUCGACAAAAAUCAUCUCUUGACUAUAGGACUCGAGGGGUUUUAUGGUUCCACAAGUCCACCAGAGAAGCUGAAUGUGAACCCUGGACAAUGGUUUAGCACGGUGGGGUCUGAUUUCGUCCGAAACUCCAGAGUACCAGAAAUAGACUUUGCUUCUGUUCAUAUCUACCCCGAUCAAUGGGAAGUAGGUGCAGGACUGGAUCAGAAAAUGAAGUACAUCUCGAGAUGGUUGACAUCUCACAUCGAAGACGGGGACAAAGAACUCAAGAAACCUGUCUUGUUCACUGAAUUCGGCCUCUCCGAUAAGACCAAAGGUUUUGAUCACUCCCACAGAGAUGUGUUCUACAAGUCCAUCUUCAACAUCGUCUACAGAUCUGCACGGAAGGGCAGAUCAGGUGCAGGAGCCUUUGUGUGGCAAUUUAUGGUUGCAGGCAUGCAGGAGUACUGCGAUGAUUUCGGGUUUGUGCCGGAGGAGAGGCCUUCGAUGUACAGGCUGAUAAAGAAGCAGUCAUGCAGGAUGGCGAAACUGAGCUAUGGGAUAGGUUUGCUCAAGACAAGAUUUGGAAAGCUAUGUGCAGAGUAAACAUUUAUCGCACUUUUGAUUCUGCUAUUUCUUAGUGGAAGUCAUUGGAGAGGAAGCUUUGGUUUAUAUGCUUCUGGAGGCUAUUGGUCUGGACAACAAGCAUACAUAUUCUUUAAUGUAAAGAAAUUUUAUCUGCGUGGCAUCAA